AUGUUGGUUUAUGAGGUGACCGUCUACACUGGCGAUCGAGUUGGCGCCGCCACCUUGAACAACGUGCACAUUAAGCUGGUGGGCACGGAUGAUGAGAGUGAGCGCAAGUGGCUGAAGUCUUUGGUCAUCUUCAGAGGAUCAAUAUCUACUUAUACGGUUUCCUGCCCAAACUCCCUUGGAAGACUGGUUCUGAUUGAACUAGACAAACGACAUCAUCACCUGACACCUGAUGACGCUUGGUUCCCUGAAAAGGUGGAAAUCAAGUCACCCGAAGGAAACAUCUACACUUUUCCCAUCCACUGCUGGAUCAGUGACAGGGAGACUCAUCGCUUCAGAGAGGGCAAAGCUCUGAGGAUAUUUGAUGAAAGCCACUCCCUUGGUCAAUAUGCAAGAAAGCAGGAGCUGAGCCAUCGAAAAGUAUGCUAUGGCUGGGAUUGUUUUGAUGCCGGCAUGCCCAACAGUAUUGAGGCAGAUGGUCCUUGUAGUCUGCCAAGUGAGAUACAGUUCUCUUUCACCAAGACUGCAGAGUUUGGAUACACGGCAUUGACAGCGUUGACUGAGCUUCAUUUGAAGGGGCUGGAUGACAACCACGGAAAUUGGAAAAGUCUUGACCAUAUCAAAGACGUGUUCUGUAACAAACACACCCCUAUAUCAGAUUACGUCCACGAACACUGGAUGGCGGAUUGGUUAUUUGCUUACCAGUUUCUAAAUGGUGUCCAUCCCACUUUGAUUCGACGUUGCAAAACUUUGCCCGAGAACUUCCCUGUGACUGAUGACAUGGUCUUCAUCCCCAAUGGCUCAAAUUUGUCUAAAGAGUUGACGCAAGGUAACAUAUACCUGUGUGACUACAAGAACCUGGAUGGAUUCCCUGCAAACACCGUCGAAGGGAUUCAGCAGUACUUGACAGCGCCCCUUGUCUUGUUUCACAAAAGAGACGACGACAAGCUGAUGCCUAUCGCCAUUCAGCUGAAGCAGACUCCGGCUGAGGACAACCCAAUCUUUUUCCCAACUGACUCUACGUACGACUGGCUGAUGGCAAAGAUCUUUGUGAGAAGUGCGGAUUUCACAGAGCACCAGCUCAAUGCGCAUUUGCUGCGCACUCACCUGAUGGCAGAGGUCUUUGCGGUGUCACUGCUGCGCAAGCUUCCUAUGGUGCACCCCCUGUACAAGCUCCUCAUACCUCACACUCGCUACACUCUGCAUAUAAAUGAAUUAGCUCGGUCACAGCUGAUAGGACCCACUGGAGUCUUCACCAAGUAUGCAGCUUCUGGUGGGGAGGUUCUGAACAGAAUCGUGGCAAGAUCGCUCUCCUCAAUCACCUACAGGUCCCUUUGCAUCCCCGAUGACAUUGCUGAUCGUGACAUGCAGGACUUGCCGAACUUCUACUACAGGGAUGAUGGACUCCAACUUUGGGACAUCGUCUACAAAUUUGUGCAGGGAGUGAUACAGUACUAUUACAAAAGUGAUGACGAGGUGCAGCGAGACUCAGAACUGCAGACUUGGAUCUGCAACAUUUUUCAACACGGAUUUCUUUCCCAGCAACAAACAGGAAUCCCUCAGAGAUUCAACACUGUGCCUGAGCUGAUUAAGUUCGCCACCAUGGUGAUAUUCACUUGCUCGUGCCAGCAUGCAGCUGUAAACAACGGACAGUACGACUAUAGUUUCUGGAUGCCCAACACCCCCAUCACCCUCCAGCGUCCUCCCCCGACCAAAAAGGGGACAACAAGCGAGGCCACAAUGCUGCAGACGUUGCCACCUAUUAGUGUGACAGUUCAUGGAAUAGCUGUAGUCUGGCUGCUCAGCAGGCAGUCCUCAGACUUUGUCCCCCUUGGACACUACCCAGAGGACCAUUUCACCGAGGAGACCCCACGCCGGCUGCAAAAGGAUUUUAAAGCCGAGCUUGACACGUUGUCCAUUACAAUUAGCAACAGAAACAAAGGUCUGGAUAUCCCUUACACUUACUUGGAUCCAAAGAACAUAGAGAACAGUGUGGCCAUCUAA